AUGCACGGAUUCCUCCCCUUCCUGUCUCUGUCUUUCCUCUCGCUCUUGGUACCGGCCCUUGCAUCACCUAUCCUUGAAGCACGUCAAGGUGUCUCGAUUCUGAGUCCAGCGGAGGUUGCCGACUACAGACCAUACACCCACUACGCGUUUACUGCCUCCUGUUCGCCCGCCAAAACUCUGACUUGGAGCUGCGGAGGCAACUGCGAUGCCAAUCCCCAGUUCCUCCCCAUCGCUUCCGGCGGUGAUGGGGCUAUCGUCCAGCGUUGGUAUGUUGGGUACGACCCAGCUCUAGACUCUAUUAUCGUUGGCUAUCAGGGAACCGACACAAGCAAACUAUUCCCACUCCUCACCGAUGCAAACAUCCUCUUGACACCUCUGAAUCCCUUCCUCUUCCCCGGAGUACCUCUGACAGCCCUGACCCAUGAUGGUUUCAACAACGCCCACGCUCUGUCUGCCAAUGCUGUACUGUCUGCAGUCCGAACCGGUCUGGCACAACACAAUACCACCAAUGUAGCCGUCGUUGGCCACUCUCUCGGAGGCGCCCUUGCUGUGAUCUCAACUCUCCAUUUAUCGAUCCACCUCCCCGCUGGUACCGCGUUCCGCACUGUCACUUAUGGGAUGCCUCGAGUCGGAAACGCCAUUUUUGCGGACCUCGUCAACUCUGUCUCAGUCAUGAACCGCAUAAACAACAAGUACGACAUCAUCCCCGUCCUGCCUCCUCGCGUUACCGGCCUCGGAUACGUUCACACCGAAGGCGAAAUCCACAUCGUCAACAGCGGCGACUGGGUCAGCUGCCCAGGUGAAGACAACACCAAUUCGCAAUGCAGCAUCGGAUAUGUCCCAAUUCCUUUGCUCGGGGAUGUCAAUGAUCACAGUGGUCCCUUCGACGGUGUUCAGGGCGCCUGUUGA